CCAGCUCAAGUCCUGAGACUGUUCCUCCUCCCCCCAAUAAUUUGAAAGCUUCAGAGCUAAGACUCAGAGAGGGUAAGGGAGACAAGAGAAAAAAAGCCAUCGUGGUUUGAGAGGAGGGAGAUCAGCAGCAGAUAGCUCCGUGUCGUCUUCCCUCGCCUCCCCAUCAAAGCACGUGUGCAACUUGCGCCAUGGCCGAACCAACGACGGAGAAGCCUAAGCCUACCAUUGAGGAUCAAAAUGCUUCCCAAACUCACAGCUCAGAAGAGGCUGGUGAGAUUCAUCACCGCAAGUCUUGGAUGUACCGGUCACCGCGGAUCGGCCCUGUAACGCUGCCGUACUAUGCCUCGCCUUUGACCCAGCUCAUACUCGUCGCCUUUGUGUGUUUCCUCUGCCCGGGCAUGUACAAUUCCCUCACUGGUCUUGGAGGUGCAGGACAACUCAAUGCGACCGCCGCCAACAACGGCGCCGUCGCCACCUACAGUACUUUUUCCGUCGUUGGCUUCUUUGCCGGCUCCAUUGCCAAUCGAAUUGGCAUCAAGUUGACCCUGUCUCUGGGUGGCAUUGGAUACUUUGUUUAUUCGUCCUCACUGCUCUGUUUUAACCAUACCCAGAAUGCCGGUUUCGUCAUCUUCGCCGGUGCGCUGCUUGGUCUUUGCGCAGGUCUGCUAUGGGCCGCACAGGGUUCAAUCAUGAUGUCCUACCCUCCCGAGGGUUCCAAGGGACGAUAUAUUUUCAUCUUUUGGGUCAUUUUCAACCUUGGAGGUGUCAUUGGUAGCUUGAUACCUCUCGGCCAAAAUAUGCACUCCACCGUCGACCACGUCAAUGACGGCACGUAUGUCGCCUUCAUGGUCCUCAUGUUUCUCGGUGCCGUUCUGGCCUGGUUCCUCUGCGAUUCCAAGCACGUUGAGCGGCCCGACGGUUCGCACGUCAUCAUCAUGAAGAACCCGACCUGGAAGUCGGAGAUUCUCGGUCUGCUCGAGGUGCUCAAGACAGACUGGUACAUUAUCGCCUUAUUUCCCAUGUUCUUCUCCUCCAAUUGGUUCUACACGUACCACUUCAACGGCGUCAACCUGGCGCGCUUCAACAUUCGCACACGAGCCCUGAACAAUGUUCUCUACUGGAGUUCGCAAAUGAUUGGUGCCUCGGUGUUUGGCAACUUGCUCGAUAUCAAGAGUGUGCGCCGAACUACUCGUGCCAAGGCCGCAUGGGCCGCUUUAUUUACCAUCACCAUGGCCAUCUGGGGCGGCGGGUACGCCUGGCAGCGCCAAUACACUCGCGCCACGGUGGACCCCGCCAGCGGCUACAAGCCAUGGGACUGGACUCACUCGGGCUAUGUCGGUGGCAUGUUCUUGUACAUUUUCUACGGCUUUUACGACGCCUCUUGGCAGACCUGCGUCUACUGGUUCAUGGGCUCUCUGACCAACAAUGGCCGAAAACUGGCCAACUUUGCCGGUUUCUACAAGGGCAUCCAGUCGGCCGGUGCGGCCAUCAUGUGGCGUCUGGACGCUUUGAAGAUUCCGUACAUGAACGAGUUUGCCUCCUGCUGGGCCUUGCUCGGUGGUAGUCUGCUGAUCGCCCUGCCCGUCAUUCUGCUCAAGGUCCAGGACACGGUGCCCGUGGAGCAGGAUCUCAAAUUUUCCGACGAGACGGCCGAAGAGGUGGCCGCCUCGAAUGUGCUGCAGCACGAGGCUGCCCCGCCAUUUACCACCGAUACUGAGAUUCCUCCUGAUGAGAAGACGGUCCGCUAAUUUUGCAUGUUUCCUUUUCUUUUCUUCUUGUCUUUUCUUUUCCCGUACUUUCAUCUUUUGUCAUUUCGGUUCAAAUUCAUAUGUUGUCGCUUUGGUGCGCUAGCCUUGGAUACCUUGUGCGAUUGGUAUGUCGUAUUCUCAUGAUAUCAGAAUGUCUUUUUGAAUUAAUGUAUUUUGAUGAUUCCUUCACGUUUCUUUUCCCGUUUUUUUUUCUUUUUCCCCAUUUCAUUUGGAAACUAUUUUUCCAUAUUUUUUAUAUCUUCACU